AUGCGUGCCCCACACAACGGUAGUCCAAUACAACUCAAAACACCUGAUUUGUGUAUUGUCCUUUCCGAUCCUAGCGGCACGAUAACAUUGUCGGCGCACAUGCGCAAGAAGCUCGCGCUGGUAGUAACGGGGGAGCGCGGCGAAGUGGCUACGCUCGUAAAGGACCGUACCACGCUGGUUCGUGGUCACCAAGCCGAUAACCAUUACGCCGGCUUCCCCGACUCGUCCGAGAUGGCCGCUGCUGCGGCGAUGUUGAAGGGCGGACAACAUUCGGCCUCGUUUUCGGUGGACGACGGUUCACAACCCGUCUUUCCGGAACGGCCCGAUGCGGUGUACUUUGCGGUGGCCGUCAACGGGGGUGCUAAGCUGUGGGGCCGUACGCUGGCCCGCACACUGAUCGACAUGGGUCCCCCCUUCGGUAAUCCGCAGGGUCCGCCACUGAGACCGAUCUACAUCGAUCUGCCUGACAACGGGCGGUUCUCCUCCAAGCUGCUGGCGGGCGCGUGUGAUGCAAUCGAUGGAAUGCCGCUGGCCGGAAUGGUGAUCGUAGGCGAUAGUCCCGCUGCUAAGUCGUUAGCUCUUGCCGGGAACUCGAUGAAGGUGCCGGUACUGUGGGCGAAAGGCGGAAUAGCGUCACUACACAACUCUUACGAUGAGCUAUCAACCAAAUUACAAGCAAUACUACAGCCAUCCUCUAGGGAAAUUUUUGAGGCCAUCCGAGCAACCCUUUUACAAGUUCAUUGGCACUCAUACCACAUUCUCUGCGAUGUCGACACUUUCGUCUUAAUCAGUGGUAAAAAGGGAUCGGCCCUGCGACAGAAGCCACUCAGUCCCAUUAUACUAACGCUUCCAACGGACCACGAUCUUAUCUACAAAAAACUUGCCUACAUUUCACGUUCUACCAAGGGCGUUGUGUUGGUGCUGUCCAACCUGAAGGUGGCUCGACUGAUCAUGGCCGAAGCACAGCGCAUGAAGAUGCUGAACGGCCACUUCGUGUGGCUCUGGAUGGACACGACAUCGGCGACCGAGUUCUACGAGUCUGGGCAGUACGAUCCCAACACCAAGCAGCCGCUGGACAAUGCAUUAACGGUUGGGCUCGGGGGUCGGUCCGAAUUGGAGACAGAUUUUUACGAUACGUUCGACUUGCGCCAGCAGUCACACCUGGCCGAUCUGGUGGAGCGUAGGAUGGAAUUUGAGGACUUUGAGUCGCGGCUGCGCAAGAACAGGACUCGUGGUCCGCACAUCGAUGGCCACACGGUGCGGUUUGGUAGCGCCGCCUUAACCAACCAUCAACACCCAAGCAACGGCGAUCCAGUAGAAAUGUCCCGGAACGUCCCGCAUGGGAAAGGCCGAAAGCAAGAUAAGCUCAAAGGCGACAGGGAGAAGUAUGCGCCCACCAACAACACCGGAACUGUGCUGAAUGCUGCCCGCCGGAAGCAACUCUUCGAUGAAGACCUGUUCAUCGAGGAGUCGGAAGAAUUUGGCGAUUUCUCCGAAGAGCGGGCCCUGCCGCUGAUAGCGACGGAUGAUCCGCUGGAACCUACCGAGACCGAGGCUGACGGUGGGCAGGAUUUGAAGCUGAAGCGGAGUAGCGUCUAUUUGAAACCCCGAAACUCGUCCGGUCACGUAUUGUAUCACCAUAACCAGGACUUUCCGGUGGGACUGUUGGCGCUACGGCCGAUUAAGAUGAAAAUCGAUCGCCACUUUAUCCGGGCGGCCGUACGCCUGUUUGCGUCAACGUGGGCCAAAGUCGAGCGCGAGGAACUGCCCGUCGGAGGUAAAGGACGUGGCAUGAGUUACACCGGUUCGGGAAGUGUCGGCGGCCGAGGGAUGCCCGACACGUCGAAAGGUCAGAGGGGAGGUGGCCGUCCAGUGCCCCAGAAGCGAUCUGCACCGGAGGGCGACGAUGAUCGUGGGGCCCGAGUCACGGUCGGGACCGAAAGUGGUCAUAUUUUAACAUUUCCAGUUAACAGUGCAAACGAUACACAACAACGUGUUCAGGAGACUAGUGUAGUGGGGCAAACGACGGUGCCAAACACGACGGGUGCGGCCCCGACGAUGACCGAACCACCACAGGAUGCAGCAACGCCCGAAACGAUCGAUAUUAUUUCGCCUAUAAGCAAUAGUAGUUCAAAUUUUCGUGAUGUUCGUAGUACAAAUAGUUCUAGAGCUAAGCGGCAGAGCACCUGGUGGUCGGCGACCUCGAAUCAGAAGUACGGCACCGAGCGGGCCGGUACCGGCGGGAGUGGCGAUCGUGGCCGAUCACGUGGGGGAGCUACCCGGUACAAGGGUGGCUGUAUGGGGUCGAUCAAUCGAGUGGAACAGGCGAAGGCGUUCAAUUUUGCCAGGAACCUGCAAGCGAACGCCCGGCAAGCACUCUCAGGAUUUCCGAUCGCGAGUGGAUACAUCGAAAAGUCCCUCGUUAGCCACUUUGAAAUACUGAACCUGGUGCCGACAGCAAGACAAUCAUCAAAAUCCGAUCCACCACCGGCACCGGCGGGGCCAAUCGAGAGCGGGCCUGACGGUGCGAGGUACUUUAACCGGGCCGGUGGCAAUACUUCCACCAGUACGGCAACAACGACCAGGACCACGAUGACAGCUGGGACGAGUGGAACAAAGUGGCGCCGAGUGGGGCUGAUCACGGGACGAUCGGUACACCUCGAUACGAUCAUAUGGCCCGGAGGGGAUGUCACUGUUUCCGGGCUAGCGGGGAAAGCGAAAACCAUGUUCCGCGUGGUCGUCUCUGUGGCCCCGCCGUUUGUGAUGGAGUCACCGGUCAACGAGGAAGGCCGAUGUCUGCGGGGUCUGGUGUGCUACAAACUGUUCACCACCGGGCGCCACAAUCUGACGCUGAUGUUUAACGAAAUCGAGCGACGCAAUCGUCUGCGUGAAAUCGAUCCAUCCGCUCACCUCUACAACGAGAAGGACCAGCAAACGGAUCAUCUGUACCGUAAACGAUGCUGCUACGGCCUCUCGAUGGAUUUGCUGCAGAAGCUGGCGUCGGAAAUAAACUUCGAUUUCCAUCUGUACAUCGUGCACGAUGGAUUGUUUGGACGACGGAUUCCCAACUCCGACGACAAAGCGUCACCACCACGGCCACCGGACAUUAGAAAGUCUCCGCCAGUGGUGGUCGAAUCGAAGUCAAAGUUUGAUGCUCAAUCAGGCCGAAGUCUGAAGCGGGGCUCCAAACUCAAGCUGUCGCAAUCGGGCGAUGCCAGAAACGAAAGCAGCGAGCACCGUCCGCCGUACUAUCCGUUCCAGUACUCGACCGCACCGCCGGCUCGUACACCGCAACAGUGGAAUGGUGUGAUCGGUGAUCUCGUGUCCGGAACGGCGGAUCUUUCCUUUGCUCCACUAAGUGUUUCCAAGGCGCGAUCGGAGGUGAUCGACUUUACGAUCCCAUACUUUCACGGUGGCGUUUCCCUGUUGGCGUCACCGGAAGCGGCCACCGAUAUACCGCUGCUCGCGUUUCUACUACCCUUCUCGCCGGAGCUUUGGAUAGCCAUCUUUACCUCGCUCAACGUGACGGCCGUCGCGGUUGCCAUCUACGAGUGGUUGAGCCCGUUUGGUCUGAAUCCGUGGGGCCGACAGCGUAGCAAAAAUUUUAGCAUGUCUUCCGCGCUGUGGGUGAUGUGGGGCUUGCUGUGCGGCCAUUUGGUCGCGUUCAAGGCACCGAAAUCGUGGCCCAACAAAUUUCUCAUCAAUGUGUGGGGAGGCUUUAGCGUUAUCUUCAUCGCGUCCUACACUGCCAACAUUGCGGCACUGAUUGCGGGCCUCUUAUUCCACAACGAGGCCAAGUACUACGAAAUGUCGAUGUUAACACAGCGCGUCGGGUCGCCAAUGGCCACCGCAGCCGAAUCGUACGUCCAGCACAACGACAAGCGGCUCUGGGAACACAUGAAAAAGUAUCAACUCCAAAGCAUCGACGAAGGGAUCGCCCGGUUGAAGAACCGCACGAUCGAUCUGUUGAUGUGUGAUACACCGAUUUUGGACUACUAUCGGGGUACGGACCAGAGCUGCUCGCUACAGCGAAUAGGCGAUAACUACAUCGAGGACUCGUAUGCGAUCGGCAUGUCGAAAGGCUUCCCGUUGAAGAAAACGAUGUCCACGCUUAUCUCGAAGUACUCGCACGAUGGCUACCUCGACAUACUGACGGCGAAAUGGUACGGCGAUUUGCCCUGCUUCAAGCUGGACCGAGAGAUGGCCCAGCCGACACCGCUCGGUGUGACGGCUGUGGCCGGUGUCUUUCUGCUGCUCGGCGUCGGCAUGGUGCUGGGCGUGCUGAUACUGAUAAUUGAGCACGUGUUCUACAAGUACACGCUACCGAUACUGCGCCACCAGCCGAAGGACACGAUCUGGAAGAGCCGCAACAUCAUGUUUUUCAGCCAGAAGCUGUAUCGGUUCAUCAAUUGCGUGGAGCUGGUGUCACCGCACCACGCGGCUAAGGAGCUGGUUCACACGAUUCGCCAGGGCCAGAUUACGAGCCUCUUCCAAAAGAGCGUUAAACGGAAGGAGGAUGAGCAGAGGCGCCGGCGCAAGAGCAAGGCGCAGUUCUUCGAGAUGAUCCAGGAAAUACGAAGAAACAUGAAACUCAACAGGGUGCAGUUGGAUACGGAUGCGGACGCGUCGCUGUCAGCGACGUCGGAGAGUACCUCGCAGGCCCUGCUCCCGGAUGCACAGCCAGCGCACGGUGCGGGACGAGGCGCGCUCUCCAGUGCCAACCGCCGUACCAGCCCCGGCAGAGUGCGGGCCACUUUCGGGUUUGGUAAACGUGACGGUAGCCACAGCAAGAGCUCCUCGUUCGGUUCCUCGUUGAACGUGCGCCGGUUCAGCACCGAUAGCAUCAUAAGCGAGCGGCUCGGGACGAUCGGGCGACGGUUGAGUCGCGAUGCGGCCACCAGCUCUCCGCCGGACCUAUCGCACCACUUCGAAACGUUCGGCAAGGGUACGGCGGGCCACGAGCCGUCCAAGUUCGACACGUACUCGGGGAAGAACAAUCGCAAGGAAACGAUCGCCGUGUUCAAGUGUGACACAUUCAAUGGGAAGCUGGAGUCGGCCGGCACGGACACGGUGGACGGUGGCCAACCGGUCAAAGCGGAAGCGGAAGAGAAACCGGCGCUACCGGUGAAGACAAAGAAACGAUCACGCCGGUCACCGCUGAACCUAGAGCUGUACGAAUCGAGCCGCCGGCGGCUCAUUCCGAUCAGUGAGCGCGUGGCGCACGGUUUGGCGCCGCCAUUCCUCGAGGCCGACAACGGUAGUGCACUUUUGCGCGACAAGCUUCACGAGGAGCUUCGCCUCAAGUACGGACAGACGCGAUGGAAAACGCCAUCGUCGGCCGCGGCAGUUGUGUCGUCAACGUCUGGCGGUGGAGUGGAAGGCAGGGCACCCAUUCCUGUGCCUAGCGACGUACCGGGACCCGAACGACCCGAACGACCCGACCGGAGCAACGGCGGCUGUGACGCAGGCCAUCCGGAACCUAACCGUCGCACCAGCAGACGGAAGUAA